UGUGUACAAGAGUCGCAUUCAAAUAAUUCAAAAAUAAGUAGCGCUCUCCACCUCCAUCCCCCACCUCCUCCAAUUUAUUAGACAUCAUCGAAUACAUAAAAGUGUAUUAAAAAUAUAAAUUCAACCAAUCAGAAGUAUGGACAUGGCACAUUUUAUAUUUCAUAUUCUCCCUGUCACGAAAACAAAUUAGAAGUGUUUUCGGCUCAUCUUUUUUCAAAUGUCGUUUGAAGAGUUAUUUUACUUUGUUUUUAUUAAUAAAUACUAAGACCAGAAAAGUUAUCACAAGACCAGACCAGAGUUGGUACAACGAGUCAUAUAUUUAGAAGCAGACAAAAAUGUAUAAUAAUAUUUAGUUUAACAAACAGACAUCCCCCAUUGCAAAUAAUAUAAAAAUAAAAUAAGUCAGUUUGAGUUAAAAGGUUAUUAUCAGAUUUAAAUUAGUCACGUUCAAGAACAGUAUCCAAUCUGCUAAUUUUUCAUUUUUCUAAUGAUAUAAUGGCUAUUCUGUUAAAUAAAAUGAUCGAAACGGACAGUGAAGUUGUGGUAGUAAGGAAAUUCAAUCCUUAGUUUGAAAUAUGUCCUUUACUCGAAGACGUGGUAAAUGGUCUCACCAAGAAGGUAGCCCCCUCAAACAGAAAUCCUAUGCGCAGCAGUGUAAACUUCAAACCAUUAAUUAUAUUAUGCAGAUCAAAGAAUUGACAAAAACACACGUUUCACAAUAGGUUUACGUUUGUCUGCUUUAAGCAACAUUUCCAUACUCCGUGCAGUUCCAGAUAUAAGAAGUCAACCGUUUCAGAAUAUUUUCACAUUGAUAUUUUGUUUUUGAAAUACUCUUAUAUUUGACUGCCCGAUUAGUUUAGAAAGGAAAUUAUAUGAUCUCCAAAUCAAGUUAUCGUGAUUUAGAUAAGCAGUGGGACAGUCAUCCUGUAACAUUGUAAACAUAUCAUUACUAAUACAGCUCUUUUGUCUGUUAUAGGAAUGGAUAAAAAAAGUUACGCUCGGAAAUGUCAGAUGUACAUUCAACGUUUUGCUUGUCCGCUGACAGUGGAUAUGGAAGUGCAGGGACAGUUCCCGCUUUAAGAGAAUCAGAUACAUACGAAACUGAAGAACUAGAUGUGGACGGCCGAAAGUACGAUAAGGUAGAUGAAAGACUGUUUGGUAAAGCAUUUCAACCAGAUAAGAAAAACACACAGGCACAACGGAAUGUAAAACAUGAAUUACAUUCAGAGGAUAUUGAUUAUGAACCUGUAAACUUUUCUCACGAACACGAUGUAUGCAAAAGAGUAAAUGACAUUGAACCAGCAAAUCAAGGAUCUUCUGAGGGACUAGGAGCAAUAGGCAAUAGGGAAGAAGCACCGAUUAAAACAAAACCAAAGAUAUACAUGGAAGAGCUCAAAUCAAGACUGAAGAGUGAUCACCGAGGUUUGUCAAGCGUUGUUGGAAAAGAUACACAGGCUAAGACAUCUUUAUUGAAAAGUGCUUCAUUAGCCUCUGUUGCAUCAUCAUAUUUAUCUGUCAAAAUAGGAGACGAAACGUCUGAUAAUGUGACACCUUCAACUGGACAGCCUGUAGUACAAACGCAAGUUGGAGAACGUGGAAAUUUUAGAAGAGAUUCAUCUUUUGCAUCCUCAUAUUGUCAAUCCGAGGAGGAGAUGAAAUAUCUGACAAUGUUAAGUUUCACCUUCCCAGUCAGCAUAGCAUGUCAGAAAGUUAGCAAUACCAUGCAUAAAAUUAACAAAGAUUCAAUCAAUAAAACAGAAAAGGUAAGGCAACUGGUGCAUAGGGUCAGGAUUCAAAAUAUACUUCAAAUUUCUUUAAAAAUAUAAUUUGCUCACGUACAUAGCAAUAUUGUAGUGUACUAAAUGGGAGGUAGGUUUAACUUUAAUUUUAACAAUGAUUACGACUAUCCAGUUCUAGAAGAAUGAACACAUUUAUACGCUUACUUGCCUGUGCUGGAUCGAGUCGCACUCUGGCUUUGAGAGGAAUUCAUCUUCAUCAGUUGUACUGUUCAGGUGACCGAUCGUACCUUGAAUCAUACAUAGAAUAGUAUCUGCGGUCUUCUUUCAUCAUUUUCAAUUAAAGGAUUUCAGCUGGAUGUAAAUCUUUCAAAUAAAACAUUUAAUUUAUUCGUUUGCAAACAACAUGUGAAAGUGUUUAGUGAUUAAAACCCCAACAACAGGAAGUUCUGUAACACGACAGUGUUCACGAAGACACAUUCUUCCAUUAUCCUGUGAAUAACACAACUACAAUUCAGUCACUGUGCCUUAUAACAAAUCUACAUUCUUUUCAGCAGUGUAUAGUGGGUUGAUGCAGAUAUAUUUGUAAACUAUAUUAGACAUUGAUGGAAAAGAUUUAUGAACUUUUGAACCUUCUCUUAGAUAAAAUUCCUUUCAGAGUAGAACAACUGAUAUGUUUAGUUUCGUAGUGGUUAAAAGCUAAAGACGUAUGACUGUUAUAGAUUUUUGAUUAAGCCUAAAAGCUACAAUCACACAUAUGAUCGUGCGUUGAGAUACGGUGCGAAUAAAAUUGGUCUGUGGGGGUGCGGACACGGAUAAGUAUGGGGCAGUACGUCUUAGUACGGGAAAAAUGAUUAUAAUCGGAGAUACAAAAAAUACAGGACGCGAAUAAGUACUACGUUGAACUACGUUUUACUGCGCCUGGCAACUUUCACAGCGCGUGGACGGGUCUGCGGUGGACUUCGUUGAACUACGUUCAAGUCCGGGCAGCCUCAGAUAACUACGUUCAGCUACAUAUCAAUACGGCAAGGUACGUUUCAGUAUUGAUAACUAAGAGUUAGUACGUUUAACUACGGAUGAAUAAGUUUCAUCCAAGUUGGGCUAAAGUCACGCUCAAAUGCUUACGGCGCGGAUAUCUACAUCUAGUCACGAAUAGAAACGUAGUAAUUCGUAUCGAUCAGUACCUGAGCCGUACCGCAAAUUAGUAAUCGUAUCAAUUCAUACCAACACUUGGUCAAACGUAUUCAAGACUUAUCCAAACCUUGCACGUUUCUCCAACUUUUGAACAUGCACACAAGUUUGAGCGAUCCGUAGGCAUUUCAGCGUGACUUUAGUCCAACUUGGUUGAAACAUCUGAAGUUAAACGUACUAAAACGCAGUUAUCCGUACUGAAACAUACCUUGCCGUAGCUGAACGUAGUUAUCCAAGGUCAACGUAGUUCACCGCAGACCCGUUCAGCCGCUGAGCAAGUUGCCGCGCGCAGUAAAACGUAGUUUAACGUAGAACUCUGUACCGUUCCUUCCAUUUUCCCCGUGCUGAGACGUACUGCUCCGUACUAAUCCGUGUCGCACCCCUCCCCCCCCCCCCCUCUCCACCACCACACACACAGACCAAUCCCAUCCGCACCGUACAUCAACGCAAUGUCAUAUCCGUAUAUGUGACUGUACAUUAGGCUAGGGGAAGUGGGAGGAGCUGCACUUCUCAUCACCUCUAUCUAACAGAGUCUGCUAAAAUUUUGCUCGGUGGCAUUCUGUAUUUCCAAAGUUUAUUCUUAUUUAUCACAUGUUUGAUGUCGCGGGAGGAAAAUAAAGCCAUUACAUAAAAAUCAUAAUAAACUUGUGUAAUAAAUCUUUGACUUUGACGUCAGUGUCGUUUAAGUAUAUGAGACAUUGGUCAAAUUGACAUUUUAUAAUAGUAAAAGAAAGUAGAUUGUUUUUAUAUUUCGACAGAAAAAGCUAACAUAUGAUAAAAAGAAUAUUACAUUUGUGACUUUCCACAUUAAAUUUAUUAAACUUGUUGAAUAAGAUUGAUAAAAUGCUCGGCAGAAACUCGCUAUUUAUUAUUUUAUCCAACUCAUUUGAAAAAUUUCAUAUAAAAAGAUAGUCGUGUCACAUCCUCAUUUUUUUACAGUUUUGAAAUUCCAUUCCAAUUUAAUAUGCAUUGUACUAACCUAAGUAAUGUAUUUUUGUAAAAAUUGUCAGAACGCGGUAGCCGUUUUAUUUUGGUUUAACAUCGCGUUAUACUCGUACAACGUAUUAAGUAAGAACUUGAAACAAAAAGACAUGGUUUCUUCAAUCUUCAAAGUUUGUAUUCUAAUGUUUUGAUAUUAUAUACUAUUAUUAGUUAAAAGUGAAAUUUGUUUUUGUUGCGACUUGACUUGAAUUUAACUUGAGUAGCUGAAAUUAUAACCAUUGAGUUUGAAGUUCAUAACAACUGUCUGCCUCAAACGUAAUAUUAGAGGUAUAAUAUAUGGUGAGGUUACACUGUGACUGUUUUUAAAUGUUGUUUUGUGGUUUAAUAAUAUUUUUGAUGUUCAGUAAAUUAAUAUCUUUUUGUUAGUACAUUGUACUUUGCAUUGCUAUUUUGUUUACAGACUUUUGUUCAUGUAGAUUUGCUGUUAAACAAAAAAAAAAUGUACUGUAAUUGAUAAUUUCAUAUUUUAUUUUAUAUUGCAAAUACUUGCGAUUUUCUUUGUGUUGUACGGCAAAGCUCUCCCAUUAUUGGCCUUGUAUAUAGCUAUGUUGACUAAAGACACUAGCAAAAUUAAAAAAAAAUAUGCUGUGGUCACUUUCUUAUAUCUGCAGGAAGCACACUUAUUUUCGUAGAAUGAACAUUUCCUAUCCGAUUUGACUGUUUUGACGCUGGGAGUAAAACAUGAUACAUGCUAACGCACACAUCUAACAUUGACAUAUAUUUUAUGAGAGAAGAGUAUGAACUUCAACUUUCUGUUGCAAAGUAUUUAAAAUAUUUCAAAUUGUCAUUUAAAAAUGUGUUAAUAUUUGCUUUUCUGUAAUUUAAUAUUUUAUCAUGGCAUGAACUAGAAAGUUAAUUAACAAACUGGACUCAGAUUGCCGAAAUAUAUUAUUCGUCUCAUCCAGAGAUGGGUUAUUUAAGCUGUGUACUCGUCCACAGACACUUUUGGCAGGAUCCUCAAACCUCUGCCCCUUCCAACUUUAUGCCAAUAUCUUUUAGCAUUGUAACAAGAACUGAGCCUAGGUGACGAUCAUAGAACAUGUUUAUUACAAUUUCAGCAAAGCUUAAAUAUGAACCAUUUACAGUCAAUGCUCAUUGUACUACAAGCCUUGAUCUAUAAAUAUUAAAAGUAAUACAAGCCUGGCAAAUACGAAAUUGACACUGGGAACACCCGUUCUGGAUUAAGCCUUCCAGGGUAUCAAAAAUAAUGCGUAUCGAUUUUAAAGCAGGUAUCAAUUCACACGAAGAAAAAAAUCAUCGAUUUAUGAAAUUAACUGAUUUUCAUUUUGAAACCGGAGUUUCAGUUGGCAGUACCGGCAUCAUGUGACGGAACGGUAACAGACCGGUCGACUAAUGACAGGGAUAAAUAUGUAGGGGCAAUUUUUAAAAAUUGAGUAGAGAAUUGUUUCCAAGUUUUUCAUAAUUGCAUGCCUUAAUAUAAGAGGCAUUGAUAGUAAAAGCAGCAUUUUCAAAAUAAUGCUAAAAUUGUAACAAAACAAUUUUUUUUAUCGGGCCUUAUUCUCAUUUUGUGUUAAAAUGAUAAAAGAUAUUGGCUUAAAGUUGAUAGAGGAUGACGAAAGAGGGCCUCGCCCUAAGUGUCUUUGUUCAACAAACACCAGUCAAUAACAACAACCUUUGAGAAAAUACAAGAUUUAUAAAGUUAAAAACAAGAUCAUUAAUCAGAUAUUGAAAUUGCUAAUACAUGUAUAAACAUGCUUCCGCAUGAUGUCAUAAUACUAACGUAAAUGUCCGAAAUAGGCGUGUUUCUACAUUUCCAAUUUAAAAUUAUUAUAAACUGUUUAACAAAAGUUCUGACGUAAUUGUAUAUACACUUCUUAAUUACUUUGUACCUCGAUGUUACGAUUGUAAAAUAUCUAAUCUGGGCAUAUAUAUAAUGCAAAAUAAUUUUCUCUGUUUUAUUGUAAAUAAAAAAGUCUGUGUUCGUCCUUAUCUAUCAAUAUUGUUCAACUGUUUUGUAACUCUAUCUAUAUCAAUUAUCUUGUAUAAUUACAGAAUUGGAAUAAUAAGCAUGUCAACGACACGGCUGUCUUUUGAUGGGAGCAAAUAAUCAGUAUUUUUUUAAAACUUCCGUUCUCUCAACUCUUUCCUAAAUCAAAUACAAUCAAGUAUAUAAAGACCACAAUCACCUCAUACUGACCAGGAACUUUAAUUACCUGAAUCACAGUUUAAAUGCCCAUUACUUUUCAGGAAAAAAUCUACACCUGGAAUGCACUCCUUAACCGUAUACACCCCAUACGUAGUUCAGUUCUAGUUCAUUGCAUUAGAUACUUCUUUAUUUUUACAUUGCACCUAGUGAGAUCUAUAUUUUACUUUAAAAGCAGCCACUAUAUAUUGCUAUCAUUUAUGACUGUUUCAAAAAUGUGUUUGUGUAAUUUAUAUUAAUGACAUGAUUUCCGCAUUUUUUUGUGUAAUAUUAGAAGGGUCAUACAUCAUG